AUGCAGUGCUCGCGGACGGUCGAAAGUUUCGGCGAAAUUGACUUGACCAUACCUUUGAAUGAUGACUUUGAGAAUAAGGUAAGGAGAGGAGUUUUAGCUUGCUUGGUAGGUUUCGAUUUACCGUAGAUGCAUUAAGGCAAUAAGUACAGUAAAACUGUUAUUGUCAUAUUGAUCAACGGCCUUGUAGGGCAACUUCUUGUUACAAAAUACAAAGUUUUUGAAAGUUUUUUGUUUUUUUUUGUAUAAAAAAUUAUUUUUGUGUUUUUGCCAAAGUUUGUUGUCUUUUUCAUUUCUUUUUGCCGAAAAAUCCUAAUUUUUGGCUUAUUUGUGUUUAAAAAAGUUUGAUAUUACAGCAAUUCUUUUCACAAAAUUUUCGGCCUUUUUUGGCCGUUUCCUCUGUUCCCAUAUCCAUGAGAAUCUGGGUACCCUCUGGCAUUUAUUUUUGCCGCGUUUUAUUUGUUUCAACGUGCCAGUAGUCCAGGGACGCUGCCCUCCCAAGGCAGAGGCCCGAGUUCGAAUCCCGGUUGACGCAAACUUUUUGUUUUGCUAUAAAUUUGCAUAUUUUUGACUUUUUGAACUGUUUUCAAUAUGUAAAAAAAAUUUUUGAGUUUUUCAAAAAUUAUUACUAUUUUUUCAAAAUUUGUUUCAGGAUUCAGCCAGAAGUGAAGUUAGUUACAUAAAACUGUCAGUAAGUCCUGACCCGGACUCUUCUUGUUCAAUUGACAUCAACUCUAAUCUCAAUAGUCCAAAUACUAUUUCAGGUAACAUAUUACAUUUUUUUUAUUUUAUCAAUUUGAAAAUUAUUUUCUAAAUUUAUUACUCAAAAUUUUGUAUGUUUUUGGUUUCAAAUGCUUAAUUUUGUAAUGUAACUGACAUACGCGCAAUUACUUUCUUUCCAGAUGGUGAGCCAAUUUUCCCGCACCGCAGGCGAUCUUCACGACUGUCAAGCCUCAAAUCGGAGCUAAUUGAAAGCGGCGCCAUCUUUCGGUAAGUUAUUGUGGCUAAUGUCUUGUCAAUAAAAUGUGACAUGAAAUUUAAGCCUAGAAUGCUAUAAGUAAACAGGAUUUGACAUUAUAUUACGAUUUGUUUAGAAUUGGAUACUGAAUUUUCAAAAUACAGUAGAACUCCUGUAAAACGAACAACUUUAUAACAAAUAAAUUUAAACUUUUAAGCAAUUCGUUAUAGAAAAGUUCCACUGUAGUACUACUAAAUAUUUCUUUAAAAUGCCACUUUAGUAUUACUAAAUCGUAAAAGCAUAAUCUAAGUUUUUGGCACAAUAUAUUGUUGUUAUGGCAAAACUUUUAGGCCGCCAUUUACACCUUCGAACAGUUUGACACGUAUGAGGACAGACUUAACGCCUCGAGAGCAAAUUGCCCAAGCCUUUGAUGUGCCGCCCAGUCCGCCAUCCAGGGCUAGCUCACGGUAAGUUUUUUUCAUUCUACUAUAUAAGUUGCUACGUUACGGUAAGUCUGUCAUUUUAUUAAUAUACAGUCUAUCUACAUAUUGAUAAUGUCGUUUUACUGUGUAGUCUAUAUAUAUCAACAUAGUCUACUAUUUUUCUAUGUAGUCUAUAUGAAUCACGGUGUCUUCAUCGUUUUACUUUAUAAUCUAUACACGUACUAUCUACAUACUUUUUGAUACUACUACAUGUUUCUAUCUUCCAAAAAACAAUUCUGCCCUGAGGCCAUCUGAAGUCAAGUGUAACAAAGCCCCCGAUGUAUAUUACUUUUUUAUACACAGCACGUGUCCUCUUCCUCUACUUUUUUACUUUGCAUUUUCUCUUUUUUUGUUGUGCCAAAUUGAGUGUAAAAACAACAAAAUUCGAAAAACGGCCAAAUAUUCGGCCACAAAUAACUCUUUCCAUAAGCUGCCAUAUUUGGCGAAUUCUGGCAAACAUUAAGGAAAUCGGAUCCGUCGGCUUCGUAAAACCUUUUAUUAGGGAAAUGUUGUACUGCUUUAUGUAUACAUCUUGUUAUAUGUUAUGUUUUGGCAUUUCAUAAGGGUUUUGAUGGGAAACAGAUGAGAUUUCACUUAAAAAUAUGCCAUUUUAUAGUGUUUUUUUAAGUUUUCUUACCUAAAAUUUUUUUUUGGUUUUUAGGAAGAAAGUGGCAUUUUAAGUCUUAUUUAUUACCUAAAUUUUAAAAAAAUGAAUUUAUAUCUUGCAAUAUUAAACCGUGCAACCUCAUAUAACUAACUGUCCGGUGCAAAACUAAAACUCCAAGUUUUACCCCGCCACAACAAAAUGAAGUUCAGUUAACCCUAACUAAAGCCGAAUCCAAUUUUAGCCCAGAAUUCUUAAUAAAAAGGCUUAUAAUAAUAAAGUAGUAGUGCUGUUCCCAUGGGGGAUGCCGAAUAUUAUCGCCUCCGGGGCUUUUUUGACAUUCCUAAAGUUAUGGCCAGAUGGAGACAAUAAGACUUUUACUUUUCGUCCUAAACUUUAUUACUCUGCAGUGUUAAGAUUGGUGGAACAAUAUUUUUUGUUAAAACUUGGAAGUUAACUGCGCCGUGCAGACUUAUUUUAUUUUUGGGUAUGGCACUUUUUAGAGAAUUUUUGGAAAUUUUCUAACAAUUUUGUUAUAACAUGAACCAAUUUACUUUAUUUUUCUUAGAUUUUGUUUCGAUUGGGACUACACCUCGUAUUUUACUAACCGUUUUAUAUUUUUUUGCACAGUGCAAGCGUUUUUAGUUUUUCGCAUAAAAAAUCCUGCAUGAACUUUCAGACCUCAUAUAUAACUUUUUACUAUCUUCAUACAAUAUAUUCUAUGUUUUUCAUAAUAUUAAGUUUUUAAAAGUUUUUAAAAAAUUAAAAAAAAUCUUUUAAACUUUCACGUCUGCACAGUGCAGAAUAUUAAAUGUUUGCACGGUGCAAAAGCCCAAAAAAUCCAACCUUUAUGUACUCAAUUAGCCUUCCACAAGAUUCCUAUACUACAUUGAAAGACCCUUUUCUAAAUAGAAAGGUCCUUACACCAAAUUGGAGCCAGGUGCAAGGUAAUAUAGUUAAAAGUUGUCCAACUUUUCACGGCCGAGUAAUCCCUCGAAUCUAAUAAACGGAUGGCCAUUCAGAGGCCAUCUUUUGUCGCGAGUGAAGAGCGAUUCAGGCCCCUUUUCCCUCGCCUCCGGGAAAAUCUCAGUUUUCUUUUCAUGUACCCACCAGAAAUGGACUCAGCAAAAAGUUUGCAGAUACGUUUUGAGCGUCAUUAGGGCCUUAAAGUGCUACAAUAAUGGGGUUUGGGGUUGAAGUGAAGGAACAAAGUUGACAAUUUUAGGGUAGUUUUUGAGAUAGAAAAUAUAAUAAAUAGUAGGAAAAGAUAACAAAUUGAAUAAUUUAGAAAAUAGAUGACACAUUAUAGUCUAGUAAACGUUAUUUUUUCUUAUGAUUUCUCUCAUUUACGGCCAAAAAACUGCUUAUUUUUGUGAUUUUUUCUUCGAAAUUUGAGGUCUUUUGCGUAAUUUUUGCCGUUCCCACAUCCAUGAGAAGCCGGGUACCCUCCUGGCUUUUAUUUUUGUCGGGUUUUAUUUGUUUCAACGUGCCAGUAGUCCAGUGGUUAGGACGCUGCCCUCCCAAGGCAGAGGCCCGAGUUCGAAUCCCGGUUGGCGCAAACUUUUGUAUUGAUUGAAAUUUGCAUAUUUUUAAAAAAUUGCUAGCCGAGCAAAUUUUUUUCAAAAACCCUAACUUAAAAGCCCACUAACAAAGUUUUGUCUACAAUAAACAAGUUUUUUGCUGGAUUAUGACAAAACAAGUUGUGAAUGGGUAAUAAGCAUAUUUCACCUUUAAAGCCAUUUGUAAUAUUUACAAAAAGACUUAUCGUGACAUUACUUUAUUUACUGUUAUGGUAAAGCAAAUUACUCAGAGAUUUACGCAAAACAACUAUUUGGUUUUGUGAGGUUUGUGGCUUGUUUUAUUGCUUGUACCUCAUCUCUUACUCUACUCUACCUAUAAGAUUAAAAUGUUCUAUGUCCUUUUCGACCGCAAAUCGAGGUUUUUAAUUUAAAAUGUCAGUCUAUAAACUUUUUGACCUGGAGCCGAGUUUUUUUAAGUAAAAUUGCAUUCUAUGGACUUUUUGACCUGUAAAUACGAUUCUGUUGUAUAAAGUGUUCCACAAAAUUUCUGACCGAUUUUUUUCGAAAACUCAUUCCAUAAAUUUCUUGACCGCUCUUUACACUCUAAAGAUGCCAUUAUUGCCCAAUAACAAUAUUCUUUGACCAUUACUUUCGUCUUUUACUGCAAAGUAAUACUUUUAUCGGAUUGGAAUAAUAAAACAGAAAUUAGCCGUCAUUUUGUGUCGCUAGCCUUAAUCCAAACGUUUCAAUGGAUUACUUUCGGAUAUUGUUCUGAUUUUACUUUGCUCUGGAAUUAUUUUUUUCGUAAUAAUGGCUGACAUUAUAAGGGUUUUUUCAUGAAUACAGCUACUGUAAUUUAUGUUUGUAUGUUCCAUGUUGUGUUGUUGAGAGGGGUUUUAUUGUUUUAAGUAGAAAUGGCAUUGAGAUUAGACAAUAUUGUUAUUAUAACGGUCUUUAGGUAAAAAACAUUUAUGUCUUCAGCAAAAAAUAGUAGAAUCCAUUUUUUAUUAUUUUCUGUAAAAUUCUUGACCGUACAAGUUAUAUUAUAUUAUUCAAUAAUGAAUUCAUAUAUCAUUUUUAUGGUUUAUAGCUAUACAACGCAUAACGUCUCUUCCAUUUUUAAUUCUUUUAAAACUUUAAGUUUAUAAGGCACAGUUUACCAGAUUCUAAUCACCUUCUGAUCAAUCUUUCGAGUUUUUAAGCGUUUCCACAAGUUAAAUAAUGUCGUAAGGAAAAUAGUAAAACCUUAACAGCUGAGUAACUAACUUUUGAUUUCAGAAUGCGUUCGGCUUCGGUCCGACCAGGUUCCCAGGCUUCGAGCGCUUCAAAUGCCAGUAAAAGAGAACCCAGCCUGCCACCGAUGAAGAACAGAUAUGCACAUGUUAAAAGGUCAGUUAACUCUUCAUAUAUCGAAGCAAAAUACAUCCAGUAAUAUAAGGUUGUUCAAAUAAUUCUGCAACCCUAACCACAAAAGUUUGGUUUGAGAAGAGGCACAGAAUUAUGUGAACGUACUAAUUUAUAACAACAGUUUUCAGUUUUCCAAAAGUCAGAAUAGGAACUUAUAUUAUUAUAAACAUUUUAGCCGAGUCGACUCACACUCCAGCCACAAACCUCCUCCAUCUCAAGUCAAGAUCCUGAACAAACCGGUCAAAGUAGAAGCUAGAAGUCGAAUCGGUUCAUUGGCUAAUAUUCAACAUGUCCCAGGUGAGUAUAACAUGAAUAUAAUCUUUCUUAACGUGUCAAUUGCAUUAGAAUAGGACAAUGCCAUUACUAAAAACAUUGGUUUAAGGAACUUUACAAUACAUACAGUUCAAUCACUUUUAAAAUUUAAAAAACUUGACUUUCAGGAGGUGGUGAUAAACGAAUUCCGACCCAAAAACUCGAUUUUAAAGCGCGAGCGGCGCCCAGAAUAGACUUUGGUGCUAGAGAUAGUAGUGUGACUGGCAGUGCUUCAAGUAGCCGACCUCCUUCUACUACUCCUGUAAGUUUUACAAUAUUAGGCUGCAAAUAAUUCCCUGUUUCUAAUCCUAAAAAUUUGCUUUGAAAAGGGGGCACAGAAUUAGUUGAACAAACUAAUAGUUUUUGUCACAAGUGCUAUCAAACGUAAAAAAAUGUUAUGGUAAUUAGAAGUUUAUAAUCAUGAGAUGUUUAGAGUCAUUCCUCACGUAAUAUGGAUCGAAAUGCCACGUUAAAGCGACCCGUACAAGCAUAA